AUGGCCGAAGCAAUUGCUUUCGACAUCGCCGCACGGCUCAUUACCAAAUUGGGCUCCAGUGCUCUCUCUCAAAUCGGACUGUGGUGGAAUUUCAAAGAUGACCUCGACAAUCUCAAACGCACCAUCACCAGAAUCCAAGCUGUGCUGCUUGACGCGGAGGAGCGAUCGGUGACCAGCAAUCUUGUCAAAGUUUGGCUUCAUGAGCUGAAAGAUGCACUGUAUGAUGCGGAAGACUUGGUGGAUGAUGUCCAUACUGAAGCCUUGCGGAAGGAUCUGAUGAGUGGGAACAAGCUGACGAAAGAGGUACGUGAUUUCUUCUCAAGAUCAAACCAGUUUGCUUAUGGCCUCAAAAUGGGUCGUAAAAUCAAGGCCAUUAAGGCCAGAUUUACUUCCAUUCAAGGUCAGGCCAGUGAGUUAAAGUUGGUAGAGCGUGACCUUUCGGUUGAAACCCUUUUCAUGGCCAAAAGGAGGCAGCAAACACACUCUUUUGUGGGUAAAGAUGAGAUAAUAGGGAGAGAAGAUGAUAAAGCAGCUCUUCUAGAACUCUUGCAAGACAAUGAGUUUCAAAGUGAAGAGAAUGUUAUCAUGGUUCCAAUCGUGGGGAUUGGAGGCUUGGGAAAGACUGCGUUGGCGCAGCUUAUCUAUAAUCAUGAAAGGGUUAAAGAUCAUUUUGAGUUGAGGAUGUGGGUUUGUGUUUCCGAUGUUUUUGAUGUGAAAACAAUAGUGGCAAACAUUAUCAAAUCAGUGACUCAUCAAGCACCCAAUCAAAAUCUCGAGAUGGAUCAAUUGCAAACACAGCUUCGAGAUAAAAUUGAUGGGAAAAAAUACUUGCUUGUUUUGGAUGAUAUUUGGAACGAGGAGGGAGAACAAUGGUUUAGCUUAAAGAAGUUACUGAUGGGUGGGACUAGAGGAAGUAGAAUAAUAGUAACUACUCGCUCUCAUAGAGUAGCAAAGGUUACUAGUAAAUGUCAACCCUAUGUUUUGAAAGGCUUGUCUGAUGAUGACGCUUGGUCUUUGUUCAAACAAAUAGCAUUUGAGCAAAGAGAUGCGGACUCAACAAAUCCAGUCUUUUUGGAUACAGGAACGCAGAUUUUGGAAAGGUGCGGUGGGGUUCCCUUAGUCAUAAGGACUAUAGCUAGUACGUUAUCCAUUAAAGAAACUGAAAGAGAGUGGCGUUCUUUCAAAGAUAAUGAAUUUGCUAGAAUAUCUCAAAAAGAUGGUGAAAUUUCGCCUACACUCAAACUGAGUUAUGACCAUCUUCCAGCCCAUUUGAAGCAUUGCUUUGCUUAUUGCAGACUGUUUUGUAAAGCAAUCAGAGCCGAAUCAAUCACUCGAAGAGAUUGGGUUGGAUUAUUUUAA